AUGGUCUGGCAGCACGGAGACGAGCAUCAGAUCCCAGAUGCCCACAAGGUCCACAAGCCCGGCGCCUGGCUGCCUGCGGACAGCCGUGUCCACAAGGAAUGGCUCAACAAGCAGGUCGAGCACGUCGACAAGAACCCCAAGGAACUCAUCCCAGUCCUGCAAGAGUUCAGGACCUUCAUCGAGACUAAUCCACGGAUUCGUAUGCUCUUCACCCAGAUGUGGGAUGAGGUCCCCGUGAAGAAGCCCUACAACAAGGACCCCACAGGGCACAAGGCUAUCAGGGACUACGGCCACAUGCUCGCAGUCCUGAACCACGUCUUCUCGCGUGCCCCCGAAUGGACUGACGCCGCUGAGAGUGUGGGCAUGGUCGGUGUCCCCAUGUGUGCCAUUUUUGACUAUGCCAUGGCAACACCUAGUGGCCAUGCCGCAUUUUUGGAUACGGAGGUGAACAAGAUGUUGAAGAAGGUUAUGAAUGAAUGGGGCAAAUUUCUCAAGACUCCCAAGUCUGCCGAAGUCCUUAGCGACCACCGCCUUGGCUGGUUUGGAGAGCACGGCAAAAGAGACCUGAUGCAGGUCGCUAAUGCACCUCUGAAAACGGAUCACAAAUUCGAAGACAUGUAUAUCUGCGAGCCAUCCAAGGACAAGUACGGUUUCACCUCGUGGGACGACUUCUUCACUCGCAAGCUUCAAGAGAGCGCCCGACCGGUGGCAUCCCCAGAUGACGACAACGUCAUCGCCAAUUGCUGUGAGUCGCGACCUUACGCUGUAGAGCACAACGUCAAAUUGCGCGACAAAUUCUGGGUCAAGGGACAACCCUACUCCAUCGCCGACAUGCUGGCAAACGAUCCCUUGUCCGAGCAAUUCAAGAACGGCACCAUCUAUCAGGCCUUCCUUUCAGCCCUCUCGUAUCACAGGUGGCACUCGCCCGUCUCGGGAACUGUUAAGAAGGCCUAUCUCGUGGACGGGACAUACUUCAGCGAGCCACUUUACGCCGGCGGCGACAUGAGCAGUGCCGACGAACUGGCCCAGAUGAAACAGGGCAUCUCGGCUGCGCAGGGUUACCUGUCCGCGCUGGCCGCGCGGGCUAUCAUCUUCAUCGAGGCUGACAACCCUGCGAUUGGGCUGAUGGCGUUCAUUGGCAUUGGUAUGGAUGAGGUCAGCACCUGUGAGAUCACCGUCAAGGAGGGUCAGCACAUCAAGAAGGGUGACCAGACGGGUAUGUUCCAUUUUGGUGGUUCGACCCACUGCCUGAUCUUCAGGCACGGUGUGAACGUGGAGGGGUUCCCAGAGCCUGGCCGCAAGGAGAACGUGCCUGUGAGAAGCCAGGUGGCUGUUGUCAAAGCCUAA